UUUUUAAUUUUUGGCUUCUAAUUAACGUUUUAAUGAUCAAUGAAAUAAACUUGAGCAGCAGUAAAAAUGCAAAGCAUCUGAAUCAGAGGAAGUAACUGUUUUCACUAUCUGCAGAUAUUAUAAAUCACUACAAGUAGAGCAGAGUCAAAGUUUUCAUAAUAGUAGUAAAUUUUCAUUUUCCUUAAUACACAUACACUUAUGAGUCUCUUGAGCAUUGAACUAGCUAACACGUAAUAAAUCUCGAUCCUUUUUGUUUUCAAACUCGAAGUUUAUGUUCAUAAAAACGCUAACCUAACCUAACAUAAAUCAAAUUCGUAAGGGAUUUCGUAGAAUUUAUGACUUCUGCUGAUUUUCCUUGUACAUAUUAUUUUGUAAAUGUCAAGAAUCACUGAAUAUGAUUAUGAAUAUGUUACUAAGCCAAAUAGUUUAUAAGACUAAACCAGUUUGAUUGUUGAUGUAUCAAAAGCAAUGAACAAUGUGUUAUACAUAAUGAAAUUGGCAAUUAGAAGGGACCUUGCUUAAUUAAAAUUACGCUAACUAAUGCUAUGUAAUUAAUCGAUUAAUAACGAGGAGUCUGCCUUCUGUUAACAAACCUUAAAGAUAGGAAAACUCUUCACUCUGCUGUACCGUUACCACCGACCGGUGUUAAAUAUCUAGAAGUUAUCCUCGAUAAAUCUAUCACUUUCCAUCCCAUGCAAAAUUAGUCCGCAAUUGCACCGAGACCGCUCACGCUGCGUUUCUGUAAUACGGUGAUAACAAUACAAAAUCUGCAUUCGCUCCAUCAUGACUUAUGCGAGUGUGGUGUUUGCUCUUUUUUUACUAUUUUUAUUCAUCUGUUACAACCUUUCAAUUUAUGUUUUGGUAUAAAGCAUAUGUCUCCGCGUUACAAAAUGUGGAAAAUUGUUUUUUUUACUUUAAAACUGUCUAAAGUAAACGAACACUAUUCAUUUAAGCUAAGUUCAUGCUUGACUAAGACAAUUAUUUUAUUGUGUAAGUAGAUGUACGAUCUCGCUGUAUACUUUUGUAUAAAUGCUGUCAAAUCCUUCGAACUGGAUCGAUUGACUACUUCGCAGUAGAAAUAGGCAGGGUAUUAUUAUACCUGCUUCCGUACGUACACUCAACCAUUACCGAUUACGCAAAUUAUAUUUCACAAGCUUAUUUUUUAUGACACAAUGUCCGUCAUGGUGCGAAUUUUUCGUGAGCAUGUAUUAAAUACGUAUUUUUUCAGAAAAAAUGGUGUAUGCCUGCAAAAUUGGAAUACCGCCGUAGUAGCUAUAGAUAAUACACACAAACUAGGUAGUAGUAGCAUUGAUAUGAGUUUACCGGCCGCUUAUCCUUUAGACCACGACAAUUUCAUAGCCAUAAAAUACAUUUGAAUUUUUCAUGACGAUUUUCUCAUGAGUUUUCGCGACAAAAACUAGUUGCAUUACUUGCAUUCUUUUUCGUUAUUAAUAUAUAGUUAUACUAAUGACCGAAAUCAUGAACACCUCAAAAUAUGUAUAUGUACCUAUAUAUUCACUUUAUGUAACAUUUCAUUAACAUUCUCUUUUGUUUUUUAUGGUAACUUUUUCUUCCAAAAAAUAGAAUAAACACCAUUUAUUUUCAAAAUUUGUUUAUUUAUGACAAACUAAUGAUUUAUGACUAAAGCUUCGUGAAUUAUUAAAUUCGUAUUAGCAAAAAAAAAUAAUUACAUAUAUACAUAUACACGGAUGAUAGACACUUUAUUAUUGCACCUGUCAUCGGUUUUGUAGUUUGAGACAUUAAUUCUAUGUAACAAAUCAGUUACAGAUUUUAUGUUUAAGCUGACAACAGUUAGAAGCUUAUGGAUUUCAUACCGGGAACAAGCGAGACGGCGCGUCAUAUUGUAAUUAAGUCUAUGAGCUCCGGUAACAAGAUAAAAUCAAGGGGGCUGCGUACUCGACUACAAAUCUUAGCCACUUACAUAUUGUCUCCAUAAUCUAAUUUUACGGUUUAACCUCGCAUUUUUUAUUGUCAUUAUUUAAUGUUGUUUUCAUCGUUACGAAUUCUAUACAGUUAUCAUAGUCACUAAAACGUCAUUCGUCUGUUCCAAAGUAAAAAUACGAGAUUAAACCGUAAAAGCACCGUAAUGUCUACGACUUGCGAAAGCCGAAGAAAAUACAACAUCUCCAUGCUCAUUUCGUAAUAUUUCUUUUUUAGAAUAUUAUUCUGAAAAACGGUUUUCGAAAUAGGUUAUCUAUGUGUCCACGAGAUGAAUAGUAAAAAUAUUCAAAACUUCAAAUUAUAUAUUCUUUAUAAAAAAAUACUAGUUUGUCUUUAAUAUAGUAGGUACAUAAAAUAAAAGCAAUCUCAAAGCGCAAAAGUGUCUAAUAAUAGAAUGAUGAAUGAGUUUCAUAUUCAAUUAAUGAUUUACAACGAAAUAGGAAUACGUAUAAUGGAGCCUAAUGUUGCCAUUGUGGGUUUAUUUUUCCGAGUACGGUACGACACGGUCCUUGUCAACAAAAUUAGGACGCAGGUGGCCUGGAGCAGAGAGGCUGUGUGCGCGCGCAUAUUAACAACGAGAGCUCAUCUAGUGAAGCACGGUAGUCAUGAGGCGCGCGCGUAGCGUCACGGGCCCCUUGCGGCGUGCUCACCCCGCCUCCGGUGCCACCUGGAAUGUCCAGGUGGUGCGUGGUAAGAUGAGCUCACAGUGCCUUUGGCAUGCUUGUCGUGCACUAUCUGCUGGGUUGCUGUUGAUGCUGCUCGGUGGAGCUAUGGCCGUAAUUGGUUAUUACGCAGAUACGUUGUCUGUAGCUGAAGAGAUACGUGGGAACGCUACCGUGUCCGUGAAAGACGAAGCCCGAGGUUUUCACCUCAACAAUUUGUCCUACGCUGGGCCAAUCGUGAUGGGAUUUGGAGGCUUUAUUGUGGUGGCAGCGUGCGUGAUGACAUUUGAAGCUCGCGACAGUGCAGCGAAAGUAACACCAGCGAGACCACAAACACUGCCGCGCCCUAUACCUAGACGGGGUCCGCCUUGUACAGCACCCGCGCGACUCGACCAGCUCGGAGUCUACCGCCUGCCACAUGUGCUUCCCUUGCCACACGCAUUGCCUCUAGCACCGCUGCCACCAUUUAGACACAGACCAUCAUCACAUACCAGAAACGCAGCUGAUGAGAGAGGUAAAGGAAAGGCGCGUUUUGGAUCAGCGCCAGAUUUGCGUAUUGGUAGCACCCGCGCCGCUCUACCAGUGAGCGCUCUACGGCGUCCUCUACGCCGCUACGCGCUCUCCGUAGACGAACCGCCACAAUCUGCAGUCAGUGCAAGUGCAGCGGACUCGGAAUGUGGAUCACAGUCUUCGUUGGCGCUGGACUUGCACGGGAGCGGUGCGUGUGCGGGCGUCACACUCCGCGUACGCGAUAACACUCGGAGACGACCUCUCGCAAGACAGCAACGACUUCGGGACGACACGAUUCAACCUACGCCGGUAGAUAGUAUGAACAACAUUAACGUAAUACAAGAGUGCACAUCCGGAACCAGCUGGGAGGAUACAGGUGACAAUACAACAAUAGAAAUGACGCAUUUGUCUGUGGACAAUGAGAUACGGGCGUGCAGUGCCCCUCCUCCUGCAAACAGUCCGCCAUCUACGCCGCAUCCUGCCGAUACCUGUGUCACGAUAUUCCAGGAAGACGACAAAGAUAUCACACACGAACCCCCUUCGUCGUAGAUAAGAAUUCAAGUCACGUGUCAUCCGUAUGAGACAAUCGAACUAACCAAACUUGUAAAUGUUGAAAAUUUUUGGUAAACAUAUACAACAAAUUGAAAUUUUAGUAACGUUAUAAAUUAUGUACCAUUAUAAAUAUUAUACAUUUAAUUUUUAUAGCCUUGUGGACUUUUCGACGUGUCCCUCCUAUCUGAUGAGGAUAUAUAUUGUUGAUACUAUGUAUUUUCAGGCCCAGUAUUAUAAGGCUAUAAGGGUGUAUUUCAUAAUGAAAUGAGUAAAAAGUGUGUAUAUUUGUUUGUAUAGUAAUAUUCAACGUAAUGAGUGUUAUAGAAAUGUUUAAUCAAUAUCCAUUUAUAAAGUUAAUGUUCUCAAGUUACAAAUUAAUAACAAACAAAAAUAAGCAGAUUGUACGACAAUUACCUAAUUGUCGUUCAUCCUAAAAAUAAAAUGAAAUAAAUAAAUCCUGUCUAAGGAGCAACACUUAAACCUACGCCAAUAUCAAAAUACAACAAUGUUCUUUUCUAGUGAAUUGACCUAAUCGACACCCUUAUCCUAUUAUUUAUUAUUUUCAUUAAAUACAAAACUAAUUA